UUCCUCUCUGUUUUUCCAUCGCAUCACUUUCUGCAUCACACCUUGCAUCCCAUGCUUUUCUGUUCCUCACGCCAAUCACGAUCUGUUUUCGUUCUACUUCUCCUGGUGCAAAACCUACACUUUUUCUGCCCUUGUGGGUAAAACUGUUACACACUUAUAUUUGAGGGGAGACAUAUUUAGUUGUUCUGAAAGCCACCAUUAUGGCUGUACAUACAAAAUUCCGGCUCAUUACUUACUCACAGGAGAUUGUUGAUGGACAGCCUAUUUUUGUCUCUUCAAACUCCCUUCCUACCAAGGCUUUGAAAUAUGAACCUGCAGGUCAUUCUUUCCAUUCUGCUGCACUUAAACUUCGUGGUGUUCAGGAAGACAAGAAUGAGGCUGAUGACAAAAAAGUGCCUGAUGACAAGGAACAAACGUCCCUUCCAUCUGAUUCUUAUAGCAGUAAGAGCAAAAAGAAAUCUGGUACUGGAGACAAACAACAAGAUCACUAUGCAUUAUUGGGUCUGGGUCAUCUAAGGUAUCUGGCUACUGAGGAUCAAAUCCGUAAAAGCUAUCGUGAAACUGCCUUGAGGUUUCAUCCUGACAAACAGGCUGCUCUUCUUCUGGCUGAAGAAACUGAAGCUGCCAAACAAGCAAAGAAGGAUGAAAUAGAAAGUCACUUCAAGGCAAUUCAGGAAGCAUAUGAAGUGCUGAUUGAUCCUGUGAAGAGAAGGAUUUAUGAUUCCACAGAUGAGUUUGAUGACGAGAUUCCCACUGAUUGUGCUCCACAGGAUUUCUUUAAGGUGUUUGGUCCUGCUUUUAUGAGGAACGGACGGUGGUCAGUUAAUCAACCAAUUCCAACACUAGGUGAUGAUAAUACUCCAUUAAAAGAAGUUGAUAAUUUCUACAAUUUUUGGUACUCCUUUAAAAGUUGGAGGGAGUUUCCUCAUGCUGAUGAGUUUGAUCUCGAGCAAGCUGAAUCUCGAGACCACAAGAGGUGGAUGGAAAGGCAGAAUGCAAAAUUGACAGAAAAAGCUAGGAAGGAAGACUAUGCACGGAUUCGCACUCUUGUUGAUAAUGCUUACAAGAGGGACCCCAGAAUAUUGAGAAGAAAGGAAGAAGAAAAAGCUGAGAAACAAAGGAAAAAGGAGGCUAAGUACCUGGCAAAGAAAUUGCAGGAAGAAGAAGCAGCCAGAAUUGCAGAGCAAGAGAAGCAACGAAAAGAGGAGGAAGAGAGACAAGCUGCAGAAGCUGCUUUACAACAAAAGAAGGUGAAAGAGAAAGAGAAAAAGCUUUUGCGGAAGGAGCGAGCUCGCCUUCGAACACUUUCAGGACCUAUUAUAUCCCAGCGUUUACUUGAUAUUUCUGAUGAUGAUGUAGAAGGGCUUUGCAUGUCACUUGAUAUUGAGCAGAUGAGGAGUCUCUGUGAGAACAUGGAAGGCAAACAGGUGUUAUCAGAGCAAGCAAGUGUUUUGAGAGAUGCGAUGAGCUCCAAGAAAGAGGUGGCUGAUGUAAAAACCAAUAAACAAGAUGCCAAUGGUUCCAUCAAGGCUAAUGGCAGUGCUUCUCGAAGCAACGUUGAGAAGAAGGAGAAACCUUGGAGCAAAGAAGAGAUUGAUCUACUGAGGAAAGGAAUGCAGAAAUACCCCAAAGGAACUUCACGGAGGUGGGAGGUUAUUUCAGAAUACAUUGGUACUGGAAGAUCUGUUGAAGAAAUAAUGAAGGCAACUAAAACUGUACUCCUCCAGAAACCUGAUUCAUCAAAAGCUUUUGACACAUUUCUUGAGAAAAGGAAACCUGGUGCACAAUCAAUUGAGUCUCCACUUUCAACCAGAGAAGAAUUAGAAGGUGUAUCAACUCUUGCCUCAACCAAUAGCACAGAAGAGUCUCAUAGCAAAAGUACAGAUAAUCAGAACACUGCAUCUGCUAAUGGAGUUUCUUCAAGUUCAGAACAGGAUGUGUGGUCUGCAGUGCAGGAACGAGCACUGGUUCAAGCUUUAAAAGCCUUUCCAAAGGAAACAAGCCAGAGAUGGGAGCGAGUUGCAACAGCAGUACCUGGGAAGACUGUGAAUCAGUGUAAGAAAAAAUUUGCAAUGAUGAAGGAGAAUUUCAGGAACAAGAAAAGUGCAGUCUAAUGUCAUGUGACAUCUUUUAGAUUUUACUACUAAAUUUUUUUCGAGUAUAGGCUAGUUUCAAAUUCCUUCAAAUCUCCAUAUACUAGUUUAUGAGUCCUACAUUUUAAGUUUUCUUAUCUUAUUAUUAUUCAUCUCAUCUCUUUUGAUACCGUA